AGAAUUUUUUAAAACAAUGCAGCAGUUUAUUUUUGUUGUAAGGUGAAGAGUACAAAUCGGACUUCUCAGCAAAUUUUUAGCAAAAAGUUUAUCCACUUUAUCCUACAAUAAAAUGCCUUGAAAAUUCUCUCUCCUUUUCCCUCUGUUUCCAUCGCUCUCCCUUCCCAACGGACCCCAUUUUUGUACAGUACCGCCAACCAAGUGUUUCAAUUCAACAGGGUCAUUUUCUCCUUCUUCGUUUCUUGUGUGUGCUUGUGCGUGAGAGAUGAGGAAAAAUGGAAAAGAAGGGAUCUGCAAGAAAGUGACUUGAAUGAGAAAUGCAAAAGAAUCUUGAUAGUAUAAGAUGUAUGCAAUGCUGGGAUGGUACUGCUGUUACAUGAGAAGAAGAAGAAGAAGAGAGAAUCGUUUUGGAUUCUGUUUUUUCAAGUUGAAAACACAUAAUAAAUGAACCCUUUUUGUAUCUCACUGUAAAUUAUAUGUUUCACACUUAUGUUUAUCAAUAGCACAUUUUUCAGUCGCCUGUGGAUUCAUGAUUAAUUAUAUUCUAGCCCCUGGACUGCUGCCUCCUCGUCCACAAUUGAAAAGUGGUGAGGAUCCUAGCACCACACUGGAGAGUGCCUUAGAGCGCAAAGGUUCCAUGGCAGGAAAAUUCACAUGUCUCUUUCCUUCAGCUUCUGCUCAAGACUUGAGACGUUUUGAGAUGGAUGGGGAAAACAAUGAUGAGAGUUCUCCAAGAGGAGUUUUAGAAGCAUGUGUUACAGAUUUGGACAAUGAAUCAGGUUCUCCCAGGACUAGGUGCACAGCUUCUAAAUCAAAUUCAAGCAUGAGUUCUCGCUGGCACAAAUUCUUUGAACUCUGGAAAAAGAGUACAAUAAAGAGAUUGCCUUCUUUCCCUCCUUUAGCUUCGCGAAGAAGGAGCAGAACUUUAAGAGACCAUGUAGAUAAUGAUUGCUGCCCUGUCAAGUCUGAAUGGAAAAACUUCAAUCUGGCAGACCUCCAGAAGGCAACUAAUAGCUUUAGCCGAGAGAAUCUGAUUGGAAAGGGUGGAUAUGCUGAAGUUUACAAGGGAUGUUUGCCAGAUGGGCAGCUAGUAGCAAUCAAACAGCUUAACAAGGGAACACCAGAGGAGCAGAUAAUAAGUUUCCUGUCUGAGGUUGGCAUCAUAGCACAUGUCAAUCAUCCUAAUACUGCUAAGAUGAUUGGGUAUGGAGUUGAAGGAGGUACUUACCUUGUUCUUCAGCUAUCUUCUCAAGGGAGUUUAGGAUCGCUGCUUCAUGGCUCAAAGGAAAAGUUAAAUUGGGGUAUUAGGCAUAAGAUCAUUCUGGGCACAGCUGAUGGCUUACUUUAUCUUCAUGAAAACUGUCAAAGAAGAAUUAUCCACAGAGAUAUCAAAGCUGAUAAUAUCCUGCUUACAGAGGAUUUUGAGCCUCAGAUUUGUGAUUUUGGGCUAGCAAAAUGGCUUCCAAAUCAGUGGACUCAUUGCAAUGUAUCAAAGUUCGAAGGAACAUUUGGUUAUUUUGCUCCAGAGUACUAUAUGAAUGGCAUUGUGGAUGAGAAAACUGACGUAUUUGCUUUCGGAGUGCUGCUUUUGGAGCUCAUAACAGGACGCAAAGCCCUGGAUGAAUCACAGAAUAGCCUUGUGCUUUGGGCAAAGCCAUUGCUUGAAAACAACAAUCUUAGUGAGCUUGUCGAUCCUUCUCUUGGUAAUGAGUACAAUCCAGAAGAGAUGGAUCGUGUCAUUCUGACAGCAACUUCAUGCAUAGAACAGAAUCCCAUUGAGCGGCCUCAAAUGAGGAAGGUGGUAACACUGCUGAGAGGUAAUGUUAACUCCUUAGCAUCUCUGAUGGAAAAACAUGAUCGAUGUCUGCGGAGGACAUACUCAGAAGAACUAUUGGACGCAGAUGAAUACAACUCAACCAAGUGUUUAAGUGAUGUGAAUCAACUUACGCAAACUGCUCUGAAUUCUUGAGACUUGAGACAAAUGUAUGGCCCAUACCAUUUUGUUGUAUAUAGCCUUUGCUGCAGUUUGGAAAUUUUCUGGUGGGUGUUUAUACUUAGUAAACCUGCAGAAUUGGAGUUUUUGUUAUGUGGCAGUUGAAAGCACCAAGGUUUUGGAGCAAAUAUUACUCAAAUGCCAUGUAAACUUUGUUAUUCAAACUGCACUAAGAAACAUUCCUGUUCAUAUAAAAUUUGAUGAUCCGUAAAUACGCUUUUUUUGA